GUGACCCGAGAGGUCACGGCGAGUUAAAUGCUUUGCGCCAGUUUUGAGGUUCGUGCCUAUGGCCAGGCGCGGUGUCCCCCACCCUUUCAAUAUGGCAGGAGUAACAAAACACCGCAGGCUGCUCCUGGCACGGAGCCCGCGCCUCGGCGCGUGCCGCCCUGCGGGGACAGCGGCUCGCGGCACUGUGCCGUUGGGAGGCGGAAAGCCCCGGGCACGCCCAGCGAGAAGCAACUGUGGCAGCCAGCGCGAGAGAGGGGAGCUGGAGCGAGGCGUUUUCUGUGUCAGAAACAGGAAGGCGAGCGAUUCCCUCGCAUUAGCAGGGAUCAUGAGGAGCCCCCUGCCACGGGGUCAGGACUUUGGCUGAAACAAAGUACCUACAUGGAGCAGCCCACAGUACAGUUUCAGUAUGAGGUGCUGCUGGUGGCUAUGACUGGAGCUGACCCAGGCAGCUUCCUGGCUUGGAGCACAUUUCCAGCCUUCAACCGCCUCCAGGAAGACCAACUGCGAGUUCCACUCAUCUCAACUAGAGAAGAAGACAAGAAUCAUGAUGGCAAAAUGGACCAAUUACAUUUUAAAUUAGAGCUUCCUUUACAAUCUACAGAGCAAGUACUUGCGGUCCAGCUCAUUCUGACUUUCUCCUACCAAUUACAUAGGAUGUCAACGUUUGUGAUGCAGAGCAUGGCUUUUAUCCAAUCAUCUUCCCCUAUUCCAGGGUCCCAGCUUUAUGUGAACGGAGACCUGAAAUUGCACCAGAGGCAGUCACUUAGCCAUUGUGGAGUAGACGUCAGAUACAAUGUAUCUGUGAUCAAUGGCACCAGCCCUUUUGCAAGUGACUAUGAUCUCACUAACAUCAUUGCAGCAUAUCAAGAUAGAAAUGUAACAACAGUUCUUUCUGAUCCCAACCCUGUUUGGCUGGUAGGAAGAGCAGCAGAUGCGCCAUUUGUGAUUAAUGCAACUAUCCAUUACCCAGUGGAGGUUAUUUUAUAUCCUUUAGGAGUUAUGUGAACUCCAUUGAGGUAACAAGGUAUUUAACAAUGUUCUGCACUUCAAAUACAGUGUCUGUGUCACUUCAUCUGUAUGUAAUAUCAAAGGAGUGGAAAUGUUCCUAAACUUUUCUUGGCAAAUAUGUAGAUCCUAAGGUGCAGCAACUUGUACUCGGAACAUUAAUGCAGUUUUAGAAACCUGUUCUAGCUCUGUUAUGGCUCCAUCUUCCAAUGGUUAUGAAAAGAAUGUUCAAUUCCCUUAGUCCAAUUUUUUUUUCUGGAUUUAUUUUUAACCUCUUCCUUCUCCAGAUGUACAUACAUACAUCUAUUCAGUUGUGCUGGAUUUAAUUUUAAGUUUUCAAGUUUAUCUGGUGUAAUAGACAUUUCAGAUGCUUCUUAUGUAACGCUCCUUGACUCCUACCACAUAUCAGCCAGGGUUCUGGGAAAUGAUCAAAUUUGCCUGGAUCCAGUAUGUUAGUAUCCUGCUUAUCUUUCUUUGGGUGUUUGACAGGAUAAAAAUCUUUGUGUUCCAGAAUCAGGUGCUGACCACAAUACCAGUGUUGCCAGUUUCCUCUUAUAAACAGCACCAGUCCUGAGCAAAUGCCUGAAAUGACUUUAAAGAGACUCAGGAUAAGAGAGUCUACUUAAUUUUCGUUCUCUUUAGAAUUCUCAUAUUUCUGAAGAUGGGGAACUUUGUAAAUUACAUUCUGGAUCAUGUUCUGUUAAUGCUACAACAGUCUAGCAUGUCUGGACAUUUUUAUUUCUUUGUAUUUAGUAGAUAUCACGUUGCUGUGAGAGAGCACUGCUUUGUGAUUAGUGUGUGCUCUCACAUUUUGGACAGUUCAAGAAGAAUGUUAUCUUUUGCAAUAUGACUGCAUUUCAAAACCCAUGCAAACCAACAAGGCACCUGUUCUGCUGAAAUCUAUACCACCUUUGGCUGACCAGAUAUGCUUUUAAUUUGUCUAAAAUACACAAUAUAAUAAUCGAAAGCCACAUGGUAACAGUAACUAUGUAAACUACUUGUACUGUCUUAGUUUUGUGUAUAAAGGCACCACCAAUCAGUUCUGAACACUCAAGUUCUAUCAAGCCAUUAACUGUGUUGAGGAGUAGGAAUGGGAGGGGGGAGAUUUUAAAAGAAUGGGGAAGAGGCAAAGGCACACUUCCCAAGAUGUUGUGGUUCAACAUAUGCUUUCAUUGGCCUGGUAUGUUAAUGUCCAUGUUCCAAAAUCAUAACAGGCAACAGUCCUGUUGCUUUCUGUGUUGCUUCUUUGUUUUGAGGACAGAAUGUUAACAUGAUAUAAAUUAGGUUUUAUUAAAUGCGAAAUAUUUUGAAAAUGCAA